GAAGAAAAAAAGAGGAGGAGAAGGAAGAAGAAGAAGAAGAAAAACGUUUUCUCCAUUGUCGCGUGCAUUUGUUUGCUCUUAUUAAAUUGUGAGCAAGAAAAAGAAUUCACGCGUGUAAUGGCUUUCAAUCAAUCGGUAUUAACUAAGGAACAUAUUGAAGGAAAGAAAGGGAAAAGGAAAAGGAAUGUAUGCGUAAUCCUAAAGAGAGUAACGAAGAAAAUUAGAAUGAAGAAAAAAAAAAAAGAAAAUGAGAUCACGGAAAGAUGAACGUACAUAUAUUUAUCCUUCGACGAGACAAAGACCUGGAUAAAAGUUCUGGAGAUCAAAGUCGAUGGCAUUGGAAGAAUGGAGCGGAGGUUAUCGUGGUGCACGAUAGCAAUACUAUUCGUGUUGCUAUUCGUAACGAGCGAGGCUCUGCGUGGACAUAAUUCUCAGGUCGACGAGAAGCAGAGAUCGCAAACGUCGGUUAACCGAGGUACCGCAAGAUUCGAUAUUAAAAAAUCAUUGGAUAAUUACGAGACUACGAUUGGACCGUCGUUAGCGCGUUCACGUGUGGAUCGUGAUAGAAAUACGGAAAUUCGAAGAUCGCCGAUUAAAAACAAGGACGAUAGAGUAACAUAUUCGAGAAAUGUCAAUGUCGUUAAGGAAUCUUUCGGAUCGAGAGAUCGUGAAAGAUCGACGAUAAACGAUAGAACGAUCAAUCCCGAUAAAACAACGAAUUUGUCCGAAUCGAAACAACAAACGAGAAGAAACGAUAGAAGAUAUUUGCCGGAAAGAGAUGAUAAAAAGAAUGGACGUAAAAUUGAUCAUCAGGAGAUAUCGAUAACAACAACAGAGCCUUCAAUAACAACAAUAAGAUCAAGGUCAAGAAAAGAGAACGUUAAUACGCCGAGAAGGGUCUCGUCGAGAGUUGGAUCAGUUAGGAAGGUUAAAUCACGAUAUUUGGAGGUUAAUACUGGACCAUCGGUAUUUUCUGGUACGACAGAAAAUUCAAGGUCAAGAACUGGUAGAAAAAUAAAUACGACGUAUAACGAUAAAAAUUCGUCAAAGAGAAUAUCGUCGGGCAACAAUCGUAGAUACAAUUCAGAGAUUACGGCGAAUAAUACGAGAAGGAACAAUGGUACAACGAGAGGAUCUAAAAAGGAUACGGAUCUAUCGAGAAGAAGGACUACGGAUAAAUCUACUCAAUUAACUGAAUCUGAAAGUAUUAGAGUCGAUAUACCAUUGACAUUGGUUACUACGGAUUAUCCUAAAUUGACGACCAUCAAUAUUAAUGAUAAUGAUAAUGAUCAAUCAUUUAGAUCAUCAUCGUCAUCAAGAAAAAUUGAAAGGCGUAACGACGAUCGCGAUUACGUUAGAUCGAAUCUGAACGAAUCGAAAAAUUUGGAUAGAACGAAAGCUCGAAGAAAAUCGAAGACGAAUGUUGUCGAUCAUUCGACGACUCAACGAUCUAUUACGAUUAAUCAAAAAAGGGGAUCCUCGAGAUUUGCCGAUUUUGUUUUAAACGAUACCAUUGAUUUUACGACGAUUCGUACGUACAAUAAGGAUGAUAAUGGAAACGACGUAAGAAGAAGAAGUACGGAUCGUACGAGAAAUACCGAUAGAAAAUUUAUUACGAAGGAUGAUAAUAAUAAUGAAUCGAUCAAUUCAAGAACGAGAGGUAGAUCAUUGGAUAUAGUAUCGAGAUCUGUAUCAAAUGGAUCAUCGUCAUCAUUUCAAACCGAUAUAAAGCGUAGAUCAUCGCCCGAUAGGAAUAACAAUAGAAAAACAGAGAUCCGAUCUAGAUCGUUGGAUAAUGUACAGGAUCAGGAUAAUCGUGGACGUUCAAGAGGAAGGAUCAGAAUUGAAUCUACUACGACGAAAUUAUUUAUUGAUCCAUCGAUCGAAACGACUACAUCGACGUCGGAUCAAUCGACGAACGUACCAAUUUCUGAUACAUCGAUUACAACGAUGAGAACGUCCGUCGUUGGACAAAGGGAAUCAGCACGUACGAUUACCGAUGAUCUAUCAUCAUCGUCGUCGUCUCGCGUUAGAUCAAGAAAUAGAAAUGGUUCUCAAUCGAGAAAUACAACGAGGGAGGAUUACUUUAAUUAUGGAUUAGGUUUUCGCGGUAGAAAAUUUCCCACGAACGAAGAGACAACGACGAAGAAUACGUCGAUUAAAUCAUCAAGAUUAUCUCAAUCGACGAGUCAACAAACUGGGGCCCGUGGGGUUGGUAAUCCUGGUUGGACACUUCUUCGAAGAAAGCCAGAAUUUCAAUCAUCGAUUUCUACAACCGAGAAGGAAUCGGUUAUCAAUGAAAUAGCAACGAACAAUGAAUCAUCAUCAACAACAACAACAACAACAACAACAGCAGCAGCAGCAGCAACAACAGCAGCAACAACAGCAACAACAGCAGCAGCAGCAACAACAACAACAAUGACGACAACGACGAUCGUAUCGACUACGAGAAAUCGUGGAUCGAAGAAAUCAAAGAUCGAAGAUACAACAGCGACAUUUACAACGAUGUCGCCUGGUACGACGAAAAAUUUCAAUUCUACAAGAAGGGGUAACAAGAGUCAAUCUGACAAGAAUAUUAAUAUCGAUAAACUUUCUGAUUCGGAGGAGAGCGAUAAUUAUCCUCCUGAUUUUAAAGCGAGAUUAUCACAAUUGAAAAAUUCUAAUCUCAAAAUACCUGUCGCUAAGAGUACACCAAGAACGAGCACCGAGGGAAAAAAAACGUCGGGCGUUUCAUUCUCAGAAAGAUCAAGAAUGAAAUUAGAAUUGGCUAGGAGAUUGGUUAAGCCUGAAUUGAACGAACAGGAAAAUGUUUUGGAUUCAACGGGAAAAUUAAGAACAACCGAUACGUCGAUUGGCGAAGAAACGAAGAGGAUUGGUAAAUUGGCUAAAGUCAUUGUUAGGAAUAGUCGAUUGGAAGAGGAUGACAAAAAACCGGAAAAGAUUGUUAAACAGGAUCAGACGAUUGAUAGUAGCGAUCAGGAGUCCUGGAAAUCACGUCAGAAAAAGGGUAGAGUUGUCUCGGAGAGAACGGUAACCUCGAUAUCGGUUGACGAGGAUACAUCGAAUUACGUCGUUGAAACAGUGACCAAAGUUACCGAGGAAGUAUCCUCGAUGAUGAUCGAUGGAUCAAUAUUGAAGGAUUCGCAACCGCGCAAAACGAAAUCUCAAGAUUUAACGAACAUCGAAACAACGAAAUCCACGAAAGGUUUUAACGUUACACCGAGAAGUACGAUCAAGGGAUUAAAGUCUGGAAGUCUUUUAACAAGACGUAACAAAUCUUUCGUCGAAAGGGAUAUAACAAAUAAUGGCGAUGACGUUGAUACACGGAAAGAUGAAUUAAAGAGGAUUAAUAUGUCAACGACGAUCCUAUCAAAAAGAAAACAAUCAUCGUUGGAGAACGAUGAACAACAACAAGAUGAUGGUAGAACGAAGAAACCGAGAAUGUUGAACAGCGUAACCAAGGCCAACUUUCGUAACGAUCGUUAUACGAAAAAAUUAAGAGAUAGGAGCAACGUGAUAGACGGGAAUGAGAUACCACAGAGGACAACGUCAAGGACAACUACGGUUACAAAUAGAUAUAGUAGGAAAAAGAUCAAUGGUACGAGACCUUACGAUAAAAUUUCGAAAAGUGUUACGACGGUAACGUCGAUCCAAUCGUCAUCGAAAAGACGUGAAUUCAGACCAAGAACAGCUACGUAUCGUAGACAUUCGGAAUUGCCAACUACUAAUACCUUGCUGAUAGAAACGACCGAGAGGGUCGACGAUACUCAGGGCGUUGCGAUCACUCCUAAAACGCUUAAAUAUCAUGCGACCUUGAAAAGUUCAACGCCGAUCGAGACUCGAUCGAUACCGCAGGAGCCUCAGGUUAGCGUUAGGAUAACCAACGACACCAAUUCGAUUGAUACUGGUAUUACCGACAGCAGCAAUGGUAAUACUGGUACAACCAGUAACAUCUUCAAUCCAACAAGAAGUGCCUUUCUAAGUGGUAACAGUACACUUUUGGAACAGCUACGGAGUACCGUAGCGCCACUUCUCAGCUCUCUGGGUAACAGGACACCUAUAUUUGCCGAGUCCUACAGUAACGUUAACAACGGAAGCUCUACACCUAGGAUUACACCAAAUGGAUCACCACCGAGAUUCAGUGCUAGGUAUAAAGGAGCUGAAUUGUUCGUUAGAAAGCCAACAGGUUAUCAACCUACUGUACCAUCGAUCACGAGCUCUUCGACAACGCAAAUAACUCCGAUAGAGAACAUUGGUUCAGUACUACCACCACCUAUUGAUAUUUCCAGUCCCGGAGAGCCCAAAUUUUUAACAUACUAUCAAGCAUUGGAAUCGGCUAGCGUCCGAAACGAGCAAGGGGAUUUUGAACAACAGCAACAACUUAAUGACACUGUAACACAGGAUACUACGCCAACAACUGCCCAAGGGACGGCAGCCACAGGAACAAUGCAAUUCGAUCAAACGAACGAAACCACCAUCAUUCCUAACAUCAUCACAGAGUCACCAACCACAACAACGUCAGACUCUUCCAAUUCCUUGAUCACUGAAUCCUCUCCAUCUGGCACAUCAACUUCCAUUGAUACGACGACGUUAAUAACGACAACGACGACGAUGACGAGCACGACGAAUACGGCGACGCAAACGAUGACGACCAUGACGACACCGGCAUCAUCAUCAACUACCAAUCGUCCACCUGAUACUACUACAACUGCAAUUGAGACUACGAUGUCUACUACCACGCAAUCUAUUGAAGAUAACAUUGAUAUAAAUGAUAAUCUGAUAUCAACUGAAGCAUCAAUGAGUACUACGAGCAUUCCAACAUCCACUACACCGUCCUCGGAAACGUCCAAUUCAAUAUCAAGAAUGGAUACGAAUAUUGAAACGAUGAUGACGGAUUCAACGACAGAAACAACAUCGAGCACAGGAUCGAGUUCAACGAUUACGACUACGACUGCAGCGCCAAUGACGACCAUGUCUCAGACUAUUCCGAGCAUGCCUGCAUUUUCAUCCGUAACUCCUGUUACAACUCAAACAACUUUCACAACACCGUAUCUGGGUCGAUUCGGUGGUAGCAGAUUAACUCCAGCGCCUAGAUUUAGUCCUAGCUCGUCAACGAGAGUACCUUUAAGGGAUUAUCAUGUAUACGGGAUAUAUCCUAAUAAAACGAUCGUCAGGAAACGUCCAGAGGAUAAUCUCAUCGAUGCUAGAAACGUUGACAGCCCAUACGUAAUAUUUGGUAUCUACCCUGAUGGAAGAUUGGUCCGGAAGUUCCCAAAUGGCACGAUCAUACCAGAUCCACCAAGCAAUCCGGUUGAGGUUGUCUUUUCUCUUAGCACUACAACUACCACUAACAGGCCACCACCACCCGUGUUCUUUUAUAACCAGGCUAACCAAGGCACUUUUAAUCAAUAUCAAGCCCCGAACUAUUAUAAUAAUCGUAGACCCGUCGGCAACCCGAUGACAAAUGGUCAAAACUUUGGCACCGUUGAUUUGGGACUUACUGGUAACGCGAUCGGCGGAUCAAACGGAGGUGGAGCCGAUUUCUUGGGCCCACUUGGUACCCCUGGUAGCGUCGCGACCACAAAUACAAUGGGAUCUCGAAUAAAUGGUAUUAGCGGGGGCGGUCGUAUCGUUCAAGAUCGACAAAGGGAUGAAGCUAGUAGGUCUAGGGAAUCUGGAGGUCAACGUAAUUCAGUUUAUAUUGGACAGGAUAGAUUUGUUAAUUAUUGGACUAAUGGUUCACCUAACACCGAUCCACGUGUUGUCAGUGUCAACAUAAAUUCAGUUGCAAGUGCAGCAAACGUAGGACCAGCAUCGAAUUCAGGAAUGGUACAAUCCUUUGACAAUUUAUUGAACGGUCAAUCUAAUAAUGGCCAGAUAACAGCACCUCCAGGAUUUCCAUGGAGAGAUCCUUUGGAUCAGAUAUUUGGAAUUACAACUAAUUCCCCAGUAAUAACCGCGUCGAUUGCAUCGAAUACUUUGGACGACUCCAACGAUGGUAAUUCAAUGUUCGAUGCACGUCCUGUAAGUCCUUUCGUAGAAGUUUUUACACCGGCUUCUGGUAUCGUGUCUUCUUCUAUCACCGCUGCAAUGCCUACAUCGACAAUUACCACUGCAACAACUCCAGUAUCAACAGCAAAUGCUAUCACUACAAAUACGCCAGCUCCAACAACAACAACUAUUACUACUAUUACUACCACCACACCAGCUCCAACAACAACUACUACUACUACUUCUACUACUACUACUACUACUACUACUACCACACCAGCUCCAACAACAACAACUACUACUAGUACUACACCAGCUCCAACAACAACAACUACUACUACUACUACUACACCAGCUCCAACAACAACAACUACUACUACUACACCAGCUCCAACAACAACAACUACUCCUACUACUACAACUACGCCAGCUCCAACAACAACAACAACAAUUACAACUACUCCAGUUCCAACGACAACAAUCGCUACAACUACGCCAGCUCCAACAACAAUUACCACAACGGAGGCUUUAAUAACAAAUAGUGUCAUUCCUGAAAUGGGAACGACACCAUUUGGAAUGUCCAAUGAUAUCCCAAUAAAUAUGCGAACACAAAAUGCUUUUGGUACAACAUUCGACGAUCUUGCAUUUUUGAACUCCCUUUUACAGCCUAACGAUGCACCAACUACGCAAAAAACUCUGAACGAAGUGGAAAAGAUUUUAGCCAAUAAGAUCCUAUCUCUUGCCCUGGGUAAUGUCGGACCUACUCGUUCACCAAAAGCUAUUCAAUUGUCCAAUGUAUCCCCAAAUACCGUACAACUGUCCUCGUCAUCAUCGUCGUUAUCAUCAUCAUCAUCAUCAUCAUUAUCAUCAUCAUUACCAUUAUCAUCAUCAUCAUCGGCACCGAUAAUCAUCGACUUGUUACCAUCCACCACGGUGAAACCUUCAACGAAACCUUCUACGUCAACCUCAAGAUCAUUUACAACGACGGAAUCCGGAAUUAAUCGAAAAGUUCCUGUUAAAAUCUCUGAUCUAUCGGCCAGUGCUCAAACUCACAGUGCUUCUGUGUCCAGUACCACAACUACAGCGCCUAUUGUCGUUGUUACGGCAAAGUCCGUAAAUACGAAACCUAAGAGCACAACUCCAGCCCCAGUUCAAGGUCUUGGUGCAAGCUUAUUGCAAGCUCUAUUUGGUGGAAAUAUUUUUGGUCCUUCUACCACGGCUAAACCAUUGGCUAAAACUACAAUUAAAUCGACAAUAAAAACAACGCCAAGUCGAAUCGUUGAGAUCACUCAAAGGCCUAUUUCAGUGACCCAAUCAUAUGUAUCACCUAAAGUUGUCAACUUUUCUGAUACUGUAGUUAACAAUGUGAAAGAAACUACAGCAAUGAAACCAAUCAUUAAAACAACGACAACGACGACGACGACACGUCCAUUAUUGAACAAUCCUAAUCCUAGAUUGUCUAAUGUCGUUAGUUCCUCAACUUAUUCGCCCGAGGACGAUGCUAAAUUCUUAUCAGCUCUGUUCAACGCUAUUCAACAAUCCGAUACGAAGAAUCAGAAACCAGUAACAACGCCGAUACCAACGUCAAUUCAAGACGACGAAGCUUUCCUUAGAGCGAUUCUAUUCGGUCAAGCUAAACUUCCAAUGGUCAAAAGUACGUCCAAUCCUGAAAUCAGUAACGCGGCUCUCCUGGCGGCCCUAUUGAAGGCCCAGGGCAUUGAACCGUCGACCCCAGCUACAAAUAUUCGACAACAAUUACAAUUGGCCAGCUUAAAUAACAAUCUCGUAUCACUUCCACCGACAACGACGAGUACAUCUAGACCUUAUUCCACAUCAACGAGUAUUACUUCAAGGCCAACUAGUACGACGACAACGACGACGACGACGACGACGAGAAGACCAACGACUUCAAGGUCAAGGAUAGUACAAACAACAUGGUCACCUAGCUCGACUUAUCCGCCGCCAUUAUUCAGUGGAUUCUCCAAUUUUGGCAAUUCAGUUCAGGAAUUACAAAAUACUAAUGGCGGAUCAGCUAACGGGGGGGAAGGUGUUAGAAAUCAAGUUGUUAACGUUGCCCUUGGUGCUACCAGAGCGUUCAGUCAGUUCCUUGGUGCUGCCAUAACGGGUGCAGCACAACAGUUGCAGUCGUUCGUAAGAAAUGGCACAAGAAUCGUUUCGGAGGUCGUUGGAUAGAAUUAAAGCGAAAGAAAAAUUCCCUAGAUAAUCAUCGAUCGAAAACAAUAUUCGAAUUUAGAUCUAUAACGAGUGAUCUACAAUCGAAUGAUAGAUCAAUGUUUUUAGAUUCUUUCGAUUAUAACUCGCGAGAAAUUUGUUCGACGAGAGUUCUACGAUUAUGGACGAUAAAAUAUUUAUAUUUUAUUUACUUAACUUA